GUAGCAGCAAUCACAGGUUUUUCAUCUGUCUCAUUUUCUCAGGACCAUUUCCUGUAUCCAAUCUGACUCAGACAGAAAUAACUACAAAUGCAGUGACCUUGGUGUGGGCACAGCAGGAGAGCAAAUUAAGCUACUCUUACUGGGUGCAGGUCACCAACGAGUCCAAUGUUACUGUAAACAAAUUAAAUGUGAACAUAACAAAUGCAACAAUCAGAAAUCUUCGUUCUGGGAGCAACUUCACCUUCACUGUCACUACACUGACAGCAGAUGGCACUAAGGCAGAUCCUGUGACAGUGUCUUACUUCACACGGCCAUACGGUAUUACUGAGUUGAAGGCUGAAACCAUAAACACAACUGCUAUAAAUCUGAACUGGACGAAGCCAGCUGAGUACAGGGAUGACUAUAAAUAUCGAGUUGCUACAUCAGGCUGUGCCUACAAAAACAACACCCUGGAACAAGAAACCAUACAGAUCUCAGGCCUCGACCCUGGGACCAACUGUACCUUCUGUGUUUCUGUCAUGGCAGCAAACGGCAUUGAAGGACAAACAGUCUGCACUUCUCAGUACACAAAGCCCGAGACAGUAAAGCCCACUAUCUCAGGUCAUUCGAAUAGUUCCAUCACAGUGACAUGGAUGAAACCUAAAGGAAACGUGGAGCGUUACAGUCUUUACCUAACACCUAAUACAGCUAUUCAAUCCCUGAACUCUUUGAAUACAUCCUAUCAGUUUGAAAACCUGUCAGCUGGACGGGCGUACAGCGUCAUGUUAACCACAAUAAGUGGACCCUUCAAUGCGUCAUCUGAACUUGUUACUAACGCCACUCUCCCUAACCCUCCUGGGCAGAUUGAGAUCCUGAAUAAAACAACGAGCUCCAUUGAAACUCAAUGGAUAGAGGCGCCUCUGAUGACCGGUGCUAAUUUCUACUACCUGCUGAUUUACACGUCAUCCCAGCAAUCCAACAAUAUAAAUACCACAAACACCAGAAUGAACAUCUCUUCCCUGUCUUCUGGGACUUCCUACAACAUUUCUGUGAAAACUGUGGGAGAAUUGGAAUUCCAGAGUGAGACGAUUUAUGUCUACAUGGUCACAACAAGACCACUGGCAGUGCAGGAGCUCACGGUCACUCCAGGAGAGACACACAUCACAGUCAACUGGACCAAUCCACCUGACUACAAGAACAGCUAUAAAUACUUUUUGUCCUGGAAUCAAACUAAUUCCCAAAUGCAGAACUGCACAGUUACACAAACUAUGUAUAAUAUCACUAACCUGGAACCUGGUCAGUGCUACAGUAUUUAUGUCACCACAGAGACCUCUGAUGAAACACGGGGUGCACCAGUAAUGAUCACCAAAUGCACAAAUGCAAGCCCAGUGAAAAUCUUAGGCUGUCAAGGUCCAAACGACAAUACUGCACAAAUCAUCUUGUCAUGUACCACACCCCAUGGCCAACACACUGGCUUCCAGAUGAUUGUAAAUGGAAACAACAUCAGUGCAACGGCAUCUUGCAAUUAUACCAUUUCUGGCCUUAACCACAAUACUAUAUAUAAUGUGACUGUGAUAACUCUAAGCCAUGGAAAUCCCAGCAUCCCUGUGUAUCGCGAGUGCUCAACAGGCAUACCUAUCACUACUAUUGCUGUUGGUGUAUCAGUAGCAGUUUUUCUCAUUCUCUUCAGUGUCCUCAUCGCCUUUAUUAUCUACUGGAAAAGGCUAGCCAAAAAAGAAUCACCAGACAUCCAGAUUGAAUCUUUAAGAGCCAAAGUAAGUGUGGCCGUGAGUGUGGAGGACUUUGAGGCUUAUUACAAGAAGCAGAGAGCAGACUCCAACUGUGGCUUUGCAGAAGAAUUUGAGGACCUGAAGGUUGUUGGCACAGCUCAGUCAAAGUUACAUGCACUGAAUGUGGAGAACAAGCCUAAGAAUCGCUACAACAAUGUGCUUCCAUAUGACUCUUCUAGGGUGAAACUUUCCAUUCUCCAUGGAAGUCCGUCUGAUGAUUACAUCAAUGCUAACUACAUGCCGGGUUACAACUCGAGGAAGGAGUUUAUUGCAGCUCAAGGUCCUUUACCCACCACGGUCAACGAUUUCUGGAGGAUGAUCUGGGAGAAGAAUGUGCAGACUCUGGUCAUGCUGACACGCUGUAAUGAACAGGGACGAGUAAAAUGUGAGCAGUAUUGGAGUUCUGGUACCAAGCGGUGUGACAACAUCAUUGUAAAAGCAACCUCUGAAAUAACACUUGAGGACUGGACCCUCAGGGACUUUGACAUUAAAAAUGUGAAAACAGCAGAAACCCGAGCAGUUCGUCACUUCCACUUCACAGCAUGGCCAGAUCACGGGGUACCAGAAACCACAGAGCUCCUCAUCAGCUUCAGACAUUUAGUCAGAGAGCACAUGAACCAGUACUCAAAACACUCGCCCACAGUGGUCCACUGCAGUGCUGGUGUGGGGCGCACAGGUACCUUUAUAGCCAUAGACAGACUGAUUUUCCAGAUUGAAAGAGAAAAUACAGUGGAUGUGUUCGGCAUUGUUCAUGAUCUGCGCAUGCACCGACCGCUUAUGGUGCAGACAGAGGACCAGUAUGUGUUCUUAAACCAGUGUGCUUUGGACAUCAUCCGGUCGAGAACGGGGACCAAUGUGGAUCUAAUCUACCAAAACACCGCGGCAAUCUAUGAAAAUAUAGGCCCAAAAAAGGGGGCUCCCAAAAACGGAUACCACAACUCAUAGGCCCAGAAGUCCAUCAGUUCUUCCAUCUCUCUUCACUUUUAGAAAGAAACUGAGCAAAUAUCUGUGAAGGAGAGGCUGUGAGCACAUUUUCCUGGAUUUAUUUUUAUACCUUUUAGGCUUUUGAUAACAGUCAUCUAGCUUCCUGGAUUCAAACUCAGAUUAUUUGAUAUUUAUUUGUUACGAUUUAUGAAUGUUGACAGUGGACGAAACUGUACGUAGAGCUGCAAUAAUGGAUUAUGUGUCUUGGACACUUUGCUAUAAUUGUAUAUUUUUGUAUUGCUCAGAUGUUUUAUAAAUGCUUCUUAAUACUGUAUAUGACUCACUGAUAAUUAGAUCUUUUUGCUCAGGUAGUGUGAUGGAUGCUGUACAGGUAUUUUUGAUCAGGAAAAACUUAUAAUAACCUUUGCCUUGUAUAAAACAAAUGCUGUUAUGAAGACAGUGUGCCUUUUAAAGAGUUUUUUCCACCAGUUCACCAAUAGGUGGCACUCUUGUGUCUUCAAAUGGAAAAGACAGACAUCUGAAAUUCAGCUGUCUGUUUGUGCAUAUUAUAAGCCAACAUGAACUCUGCAAUGUGUUUAAAUGAAGGAGCCUUUUGCACAUGUAUGCACUGUAUUGUGAAUAAUGCACUGGAUGCAUUUGUCUUCUACACUGUCUACUAUGGAGAUGUUUUUUUCAGUAGCAUUAAUAUUUUGGCCAGUGCUUUGUAGACUGUUUGGAUUAUUUCUUUAUACAUACAAUACUUUUAUUACAAUUUUAUUUUUGCAAUUUUACUUGCCUCAAUAAAAAGCUCAGGAACUCAAUUAAACUAAACAUGUUCCUAGCAUCUAUGGUGUUUGUACUUUGACGAACUUAGUCCAUUUUUUUCCUUAUUUUCUACGUUGUGCAUUCCUCACAGAAACUGUAAUGUUAUGUCACUUCCUGCUACAUAUCCGAUCCUUGUAUGGAAAUACUGUGAUGUUAAAAUGGCCAGAGAAGUGCAGGCUUAAAGGGCAGGAUUUUCCAUGAGGCAGAAACUUUACUUUUUUAAAGAUAAUUCAAUAAAAGAGUACGCCUGUA